GAGCUUUAGAGGGGAAUGGAGGGUGUGAGGAGGAAGCGGGAGUGCUGGGGGAAGAGGAGGGCAGGGGCAGAGGUCUGCUGGGGGUGCAGGAGCCGCCAUAUCCCCGGGGGUUCGCGGGCACCCUCGCUGCGGUGCUGGCUGUGCCCGGGAGGGGGCGCCGUGAGGAGCGGUCCUGCCGGGGGCGGGGCCGGCGCAGGGACGGGGGCGCCUAUGGCGGCGCCGCGCGCGGUGCUGCUGCUGAGCGGGAAGAGGAAAUCGGGGAAGGAUUUCGUGGCCGAGGAGCUGCGGAGCCGGCUGGGUCCCGACGUCUGCAUCAUUCUGCGCCUCUCUGGGCCCCUCAAGGAGCAGUACGCCAAGGAGCAUGGUCUCGACUUUCAGCGACUCCUGGAUGCCAGUGCCUACAAGGAGAUGUUCCGUCAGGACAUGAUCCGCUGGGGCGAGGAGAAGCGCCACGCCGACCCUGGCUUCUUCUGCCGGGCAGCAGUGGAAGGGGCACUGCAGCCAGUGUGGGUGGUGAGUGACACACGGCGCCUCUCAGAUGUGGAGUGGUUCCGGGACGCCUAUGGGGAUGUGGUGCAGACUGUGCGGGUGGUGGCUACUGAGGAGACAAGGAAGAGGAGGAACUGGGUCUUUGUCACUGGGGUGGAUGAUGCUGAAUCUGAGUGCGGCCUGGACCAGGGAGUGGCCUUUGAUUGGGUGAUCACCAAUGACGGGGAUGAGGUGGCCCUGGGUAAGCAGCUGGAGAUACUGGUGCAGUCACUCCACAAGAACCUAUAGCUCCAUGUUUCUCCACUGGGGCUUGGGGACUGCCCCCUUCCCCCCAGCAUCUCCUGCUAAUGCUUCCUGCUCUGGAAUAAAGCUCUGACACUAAGAA